UCACAUUCACAAAUCCUCUCAAGAAGCUCACAACGAAAAAUAAAAAAGAAACAAAAAAAAAAUGUCAUUUCUUAUGAGCUUUUUUAUUAUAGCGUUUCUUAUGAUCAUCACCUCGAUCCUUUCAUCGUUUUCAACUAAGAAAACUCAAGAAGCUAAGGUAAAUGGACCGCCGUCGUAUCCACUCAUCGGCUCCAUACUCUCUUUCAACAAAAACCGUCACCGUCUUCUCCAGUGGUACACCGAACUCCUCCGUCUCUCUCCGUCGCAAACCAUCACAAUCCCUCUCCUCGGAAACCGUCGUACCAUCGUCACAACAAACCCGGAAAACGUCGAAUAUAUUCUCAAAACAAACUUCUUCAACUUCCCGAAAGGCAAACCUUUCACCGACCUCCUCGGUGAUCUCCUCGGGAAAGGCAUUUUCAACGUAGACGGUCACUCGUGGAGCUCGCAACGCAAACUCGCUAGCCACGAGUUCUCGACUCGCUCGCUGAGGAGUUUCGCUUUCGAGGUUCUUAGAGAAGAAGUCGAAACCCGUAUCGUACCGGUUCUUUCGACAACAGCUGAUGUCGGCGCGACCGUGGACUUGCAAGACGUUUUGAAACGUUUUGCUUUCGAUGUUGUUUGUAAAGUCUCGCUGGGCUGGGACCCGGAUUGUUUGGAUUUGACCCGACCCGUUAACCCGCUCGCGGAGGCGUUUGAUGCCGCGGCUGAGAUAAGUGCUCGCCGUGCCACGGAGCCUCUUUACGCUGUUUGGAAGGUGAAGCGUGUGUUGAACGUGGGAAGCGAGAGGAGGUUGAGAGAAGCGAUUAGGACAGUACACGAGUUGGUUUCCGAGAUUGUCAGAGCUAAGAGGAAGUCUAUCGAGAUAGGGACCGGACAAGAAGCCAAACAAGAUCUUCUGUCGAGGUUUCUAGCGGCAGGACACGAGAGCGAAGCGGUGAGGGACAUGGUUAUUAGUUUCAUCAUGGCGGGAAGGGAUACUACGUCAGCGGCGAUGACGUGGCUGUUUUGGUUGUUGUCUGAAAACGAUGACGUGGUUAGGAAGCUAUUAGAGGAAGUGGAGCCGUUUAUGAGUCUAGGGUUAGGGUUUGAGGAUUUGAAAGAGAUGAGUUACAUGAAGGCUUGUUUGUGUGAAGCCAUGAGGCUUUAUCCACCAGUGUCGUGGGACUCUAAGCAUGCUGCGAACGACGACGUUUUGCCCGACGGGACUCGUGUCAAGAAAGGAGAUAAGGUGACUUAUUUCCCGUACGGCAUGGGGAGGAUGGAGAAUUUGUGGGGGAAGGACUGUGAGGAGUUUAAGCCGAACCGGUGGUUUGAUUCUGAACCCGUUUUAAAACCUGUUAGUCCUUUCAAGUUUCCGGUUUUUCAGGCAGGACCGAGGGUUUGUGUUGGAAAGGAGAUGGCGUUUAUGCAGAUGAAAUAUGUUGUUGGUUCUGUUUUGAGUCGGUUUGAGAUUAUACCGGUUAGUAAGCACAAGCCGGUUUUUGUUCCUCUCUUGACGGCUCAUAUGGCUGGGGGACUCAAGGUGAAGAUCAAGAGGAGAGAAGUCAAAGUCACAUCCUUGACUACAUUUUAAUAGAAUAAUGUAAAAUGAGUGGAUUUAUAUACUAAAAACUAGAAACUAGCGAUCGGUUAAAGACAUAUAACCAAACAAAAUUGGAUUGAGCAACCCGAUCAUAACCCAUACAAAAGCCAAGUGAAAUGUGAAUGAAAUGAUCUUUUGAUAUAA